AUGCACCCCCUCCUCACAACCCUCAAAUCCACCCUCACCCGUCCCCAAUCCUGGCUAUCAACCAGAACCACCCCAUCCCCAAUAACAAUAACACUAACCACCCUAACAACCAUCCUCCUGCCCCUCCUAUACAGCAAUUACAGAACCUACCUCUCCUACGGCCCCGGCGGCGCCCCAUAUAACCUCCUCGGCUGGUUCGGGGUAACAUUCCUCCUAUACCCAUUCGGGCGCAACAUGACCAGCACCACCGUCUACGAGAAGAAGAUCGCGAACGGCGAGACCCAAUCAUACUUAUCCGAAGACACAGUAGACAUGCUGAACGCACUGAAGAAGGAGAAAAGGCCCGCCGUGGGACCGCAUUAUGUGCCGCAGCGCCAGAUUGGUGAGUUUGCAGGGGAGGAGGUGAAGAAGCACCUCGACGAGCAAUUCUACGCCCUAGCAGAGCAGAACCCGCAGUUGGUGAAAAUCGCUGACUCGAGACUGGAGACGCAUGCGGGUGCGAUAUUCCUUGCGACGGAGGAGCUUGCUAAUAGGAAUGAGACGACGAGGCAGUUAAAUGGCGAGUGCGUGCAUGUGCAUCGCUUGAAGGAUUAUUCCUUGCAUAUGGUUUUGGCGCCUGCGGAUUGCAAAAAAGUCUUCGAUGCUGGUUGGGGUCAGCGACAUGGUUUCAGUGGUGUGAAGAUUCCCAGGGCCUUGAUGGGCGGUAAAUUAAUCGAAUUGCCAUCUGAGUAUGUGUUGGUCUAUGCGCCGAGGACGAAGGAGGAGGUUACACUGGUGCUGGGUCUCACGAAGGCAAGUCUAAGGUAUUUGACUGGCGAGGAGGUGCAGUGA